AGAAAUUGUUCGCUUCGCUUCUUCGCUUCCCACGCUCUUGUCAAUGUUCUGCAUGAUGAUGCCAACCUGCCACCAACCAAAGAUCAUCGACACCUUGCUCGGCACAAGAACGAAUCUUUACUAAAGAGCAAUCAAUAGAUCGACAGAUAGAGAGAUAUCCAUCACAUCAAGAAGCAGAGUAUCCAAAUCGGAGAUACGACAAUGGCACCGGUAGAGACGCAAAGAGAACCAGAUGCCAAGGACAAAUCAUCCAUAGUUCUGGCGACUGCAGAACCGAGGUUCGCUCGCAGUGGCAUCCCAUCAUGGAUUACCUAUUGGGUUACCUUCUUUUCCUUUCCUCUCAACAUGAUGGGCAUGUCCUGGUCUAUUUUUGGCUAUGGACUCUUCAUGUCCAAGAAUGUCUACGUACGAUCCUUGUGUGUCUCCUACCUGGCUUGGAUUGGUCUGGAUCGAAACCGAUGCAAUGGCAUUGGAUACCCCCAUCAUCGAGCGCCAUUCCGCUAUUUGCGCAAGUGGCUACGCAACAAUUGGCUUUACGCAAUCCAAUGCGCCUAUUAUCCCCUGCGAAUCCACAAACUGGCGGAACUACCAACUACUACGGCCGACAAUAAAAAGGCCAAGUAUUUGUUCGCGUGUCAUCCGCACGGUGUGAUUGGAGUGGGUAGCCUCAGUGUGUUUGGCACGGAGGAAUCGGGCUUUAACCAACUCUAUCCGGGCAUUGAUACCUACAUGACGGGAUUGCGACAAAUAUUUCUCACUCCAUUCUUUCGAGAUUGGUGUUUAUUUGGAGGCUGCUUUUCUGCGGACAAGAAAUCCUUUCGACAUGUAUUUGAAACCAUUCAAGGUUCGGUGGCCGUCAAUUUGGGAGGUGCUGCCGAGGCAUUGAUCGGUCUGGAACCCAAUCCAACCACUGGUAACACCGUCAUGAAGUUGCUCCUAAAAGAUCGCAAGGGAUUUUGCAAAUUGGCUCUACAACACGGCGUUAGCUUGGUCCCCGUGAUCACGUUUGAAGAACACUUGCUCUUUGAUCUGAUACGAUUUCCCACUUCAGGUGGGACUUUGCUGUACAAACUCCAAGUGUAUUUGCAAAAGCAAAUUUUGGGAUUUGCUCCUCUUCUAGUUUGGGGUAACAUGGCUCCACUCAUGCCCAAACGACAAACCUUGAAUGUUUUUGUAGGAGCACCCAUUGCGUGUCCUCGGAUCGAACAUCCAAGCCAAGAAGAAAUCGACGCCAAGCACAAGGAGUAUUGCGGUGAACUCGAAAAGAUGUUUCAUGGUUGCAAGAAACUGGUGCCGGGAUGCGAAGACUGGGAACUAGAGUUAGUAGAUCAUCCUUUCAACAGCGUGUAACAAGAGAUGAACAGCCUCAUUUGGACAGUUAGUGUGUGGUUCGUCCAUCUACCGCUACCCAGCAAUCUCAAAAUAGCGAAUGUUAUUAGCUGGCGGGACGA